CUCGUCUUUAUUGCUCUCUCUUAUUCCCUACCACCACUACCACGCUCAACAUGCCCGCACGUAUGCCCAGAGUCUAUCUCAUCCGCCACGGCGAGACUGAAUGGUCUUUGAAUGGCAGACACACUGGUGUGACUGAUAUCCCCCUGACUGCCAAAGGCGAGCAGAUGGUCCUCGAUAUGAGCCCCCGCAUGAUCGGUCCUGGUAAGCUGAUCCAGCCCGAGUAUGUCCGCAACAUCAUCAUCUCCCCCCGCGCACGCGCAGCCCGAACCGCUGAGCUUCUCUUUGGCGAGCACAAACCGCCCAAAGCAAAUAUCACAACCGACGCCGAAGUCUCUGAAUGGGACUAUGGAGCAUACGAGGGCCUGCUCUCUUCAGAAAUCGCGGCGCAUAGGCCGGGGUGGAGUAUAUGGAACGACGGUUGUCCGGCCGGUGAGACGCCGGGAGAGAGUCCUCAGGAAAUUAGCGAUAGGGUGGACCGGGUCAUUGCGAGGGUCAGGGCUAUCCACAGUGCUUACAAGGACGAUGCCCUGGGCUCUGACGACGCCAAUUGCGCAGACGUCCUCAUCUUUUCUCAUGGCCACUUUUCGCGAUGCUUUAUUGCAAGGUGGUGUGAUCUACCUGUGCAAACGGGAUAUCAUCUCUGUGCCGAGCCUGGAGGUCUUGCUGUCCUCGGAUAUCAGCACCGGUCUUUGAAUGAGCCUUCCUUGCUCGGUUUGAACUGGUACACCGAAGACGCGCUCGCGAAGCGUUAAUGCUCUUUUGGUUGUUCAGUGAUCACUAUGUCCAUAUGUAACUACACGUAGAGAUAAAGGCUGAGAAUAUAUUUAUGCUAGUAGAUUUCAGCCCCCAUGCAGAUAAAUAUCUGUAAUAAGCCAGCAGCAUGCAGUGACUCCAUCGCAAUCCAAGAAA